AUGGCAGCAACGGAGGCCGUCCUCCCUCGCGGUGGCAGAGCAAACGGCGAUAGCCAAGAGGCUCUCCCUGCAGCCGCGGCCGAAGACGCGAGCUGGCCUGGCGGUAGCCGACCACGGAACGGCGGGGGCGUUUUCUGUGCUCCACCAGAGGCAGCGUCGGUGCUAGACCAACCCGGUGAUGGCGCUGCCCUCUCUGCGGCGGCAGGACCACCGAAUGAUGGCGGGGCUGGUGGUUAUGGAGGCUCUCUUCAAACGACUGUCCCCGGCCGUUUGCCCUCAGCGGCUAUGCUGGCGGUGCCCUCGGCUGCUUUGCGGGCGACGGGUCUGGUGGAGGCGCCAGCUGAAGCGGCCACCGACGUAGGUCACCGUGCCAAUGCAGUACGCCAGUCAACGGGCGCAAGAGGGUUGGUAGGGGGGGCACCGGCAGCAGCGGUGGCAACGGGGCCGAGAGAGACCGAACGACAGAGGAUCCAAGAACAGGUCCAUCAUGCUGAGAGACAGGCGACGGUGCCGGCAUUCGAGGGAAGAAAGAGAGCGAGCAGCGAGCUCGGGCUUGACGGACUUGACGGCGAGGCAGGUACACCAGCGGCGACAGAAGAACGACCGGAGCAAAAUCAACAACAGGUGGUCGUGGAAACGAUCGUCCCAGUCCAAUCUGCGUCCCCAGCAGAGAGGAAGCGGAAGAAAGCAGAUCAGAGACGGCAACAAAGACAGAGGAAACGAGAACGAGAGCAGGCGCUGAGGGAGGGGGAGGGGUUCGACUUGAUCGUGUUGGAGGCUUGCCCUACCCCAGUCCAGGAGGCUCUGGCAUGGAUGGCAACGGCUACAGUUGGGGUGCUCGACAUUGCGAGCGUAGGGCCCUUAGUGCCUGUGUGCCAGGCCUUCAAGGCUUUGAUCGAGGCUGCCGAAGGUGCAGCGGAAUCCCAGGACAAGCUGCAGAGAUUGGUACCCCGGUGCACGAUGCUCACCACCGUCUUGAUUCAGCACCACCGAGCGGUUGGUCCCCUCGCCCAGGUGCAGAAGCCUAUGAAGGACUUCAUUGUCACUACCAACAGGCUUUUGUUUUGCCACCGUACCGACCUGUCGACUCUCGCCGACUUCGAGGAGGGACUCCGCGGAAUCACCAACGACAUCGCCUUGGUGGACGGACUGGAGCAUCACCAGCUUUUACUGGCCAUGCAUGGCCACUUGCGCCCCCCGACGUUGCCGGAUAUGGCCGCCGUACCUCGAGGCGCGAUCUCCCUGACCGAUGCCCACGUUUCGCGGCCUUUGAUGCUCGAGAGAGCCAUUGAUUAUCUAACGAACACGGCUCGGGGCGACGCGCCCUGUGUGCUGACCGGCAUGGCAGGAGGGGGAAAGUCAGUCCUGGCGUCUGCGGUUGUACGGGAUGAAAAAGUCCGUGAGCACUUUAGUGCCGGGAUAUUCUGGUGGAGGGUGGGUCGUAUAUCGAAGGAUCGACUCCACGAGUGGUUGGAAGGGCUUGUUUUGCGAGUGGCAUCAGCUUCAGGGACUACGCCCCCCAUGCUUGGCAGCGUGGAAGAAGUGACGUUCUACCUGAAAGCAUUUUGUGCCGACGCCGAAUCACAGCGCUUGGUCGUGCUCGACGACGUAUGGGAGCCGGAGGUCGUUAACGCCCUUCAGGUUACCGAGCUGCAGCUGCUGGUCACCACGCGCGACCGUUCGGUGGUGUCAAUGCCGGGAGAGUGCAUUGAGGUGGGGGAUAUGGAGGAGGACGAGGCGCUGGAGGUGCUGAGAGUCGGAUGCGGAGCACCCAAGAACCUCGAGCUUCCGCGUCUGCAGGCGUUGCAGACCCGCUUCUGCAAUAACAAGCAACCUUCCCAUCUCAACGUGCUCGUGGACAAGAGUGUCUACGGCAGAAUCUACAUCUACUACAUCUAGGAGGCAAGCCACCGUCGGGCGGGCAUUCCUUUAAACUUGGCGUCAAUCUGGCAGGCACGGUAAGAGAGAAUUGGACGCGAUUCUUCCCUUUUCGUGCGCCGAGGCACGCUUUGCUCACGACCACCACGUUGCUUGUUGUUAGGUCUCACCACCCACGAGAAUUUAGACUUCGCCCUUAUUGGCGAUUACCUGCGGGAUGCCGGCUCAUGAUGCUUUCGCUCGUCGCUCACGAGACUGGGACCUUGCUAGUGAUACGCGCAUAGGAGGGCGCCGCGGUGAUUCUCCCGAUUUUUCUUACAUGAAAUGCCCAUCACGAGCCAUUUUGUCUGCUUCGGGAGUGCAUGAAGUUCUUUCUGUGGCGGAUACGUUGUGGCGGCAGCGGCCUGAGCUGCAACCCCUGUUUAGUGGGGCUCGAGAUGACAGCAUGCUCCCCGCUUCUACUACUGCUCCUACUGCUUUUGUGCCGGCUUACCGGCCUGCAUCCCCGGACUUCCCCGUGAUGCUCUCUGAUUUGACUCUACGUAUUUCGACAUGGCGAAUUUUAUGUGUACACAAGUUGGGCGUCCGUUACACCACCGAUCUGCCCUUCAUUUUUCGGGAACAACUCACUUUUUUUUUUGGGCCAUCGGCUAUGCAUGUAAAAGACCUCGAGUUGGAGCCUUUGCUGCCGCGCAAACCCACAGCGGUCUUUCCCCGCACCUCAGCGCCUGUUGCGGCAAAACGUCGUGCUGCGCUGCGCGAGUUUUGGACAGACAAACUAGUCUCCUCGUAUAACACAGGCCCUUUUGUGCUAGCUUCUACUGCUGUUGGUACAUGGCAUGGAGUGCUUCUGGAUGCUUUUUAUGAUUGGUUGGAUCCGCUUCAACCAAGGGUACAUCAAGCUUUUCUGGCCGGGCGUAUGCUCUCUUGCGGAUAUCUUCGCUUUCCGUUUGAACCAAGGCAGGACCCUCCGGCCGUUGCACCCACUUUUACCGCGUCUUCUGUCCGUGGCUCUGCUGUCCCUGGCUCUGCUGUUGCCCCCACCGCCGUGGCCCCCGCCAUUGCUGUUUCUACUCGUGAUCGGGAAUACCCCGGUUCUCU